AUGGACUCGAUGGAUUUAGAAAGAGAAAAAGGAAUUACAAUACAAUCAGCAGCAACGAAUUGUAACUGGGAUGUAAAUAAUAAGAAAUUUACAAUUAAUAUAAUUGACACACCAGGUCAUGUAGAUUUCACUAUUGAAGUAGAAAGGUCCCUAAGAGUAUUGGAUGCAGGUAUUUUAGUUAUUUGUGGUGUGUCAGGUGUGCAAAGUCAAACAUUAACAGUAAAUAGACAAAUGGAUAGGUAUUUCAUUCCAAGAAUUUUAUUUAUAAAUAAAUUGGAUAGAGAUGGAGCAAACGUUGAGAGAACAUUAAGUACAAUUGAAAAAAAAUUAAAUUUGAAUACUGUUUUAUUACAAAUGCCCAUUGGAAUUGAACAAAAAUUUAAAGGAGUAUAUGACUUAGUUCAUAAAAAGGGUUAUUUAUUUAAAGGAAAAAAUGGGGUAUUAAUUCAAGAGGUAAAGGAUGAUGAAGAGUUGUUAAAGCAUGACCCAUCGUUUUCUAUACAUAUAAGAGAUUUAUUGAGAAAUCGAAUUUUUGAAAAAUUAGCUGAUAGGGAUGACGAAUUUGCAGAUGUCUACUUGAACAAUGAUAUAAAUGAUAUUAGAAAGGAGGACGUUUAUGAUGCUCUUCGUAGAUGCACAAUAAAAAAUAAAAUAACUCCCAUUUGUCUAGGUAGUGCGAAAAAUAAUGUGGGCAUUCAAAUUUUAUUAAAUUAUGUGUGCAACUUUUUACCUUCACCAAGGGAGAUAAGUAACUGUGGUUACAUAUAUGAGGACGCUAAUAGUGAGAGGAACGGAAGGAAUGGCAUCAACGAUAGCAAUGAUAGCAAUAACGGCAGUUUUGAUUACCUGGAAAAGAUGCAAGGGUGGUCAGAAGAGCACACAAAAGAAGACAAAGGUAACGAAUUUACGACCGAAACGUUUGAUGGAAAUUUUGAGAAAAAAAAAAAACAGUUAUCAUGCGACAGCACUUUACCUAUGGUAGGUUUUUUAUUUAAAAUACAAGAAGAUUCUAUGCAUGGACAAAUGAGUUACUUUCGUUUAUAUCAAGGGAAAAUUAAAAAGAAAGAACUGAUAACUAAUAUGAUAACAAAUAAAAAAGAGUCGAUAAAAAAAAUUAUGAAAAUGCAUUCAAAUACAGCACAAGAAAUUAAUGAAGCACACGCUGGUGAUAUUGUUGCUAUAAAUGGACUAAGUGGUAAAACAGGAACAACUUAUACCAAUGGAAUAUAUUCAAAUUUUCACUUGUUAAAUAUUUAUGUACCUAAACCUGUUAUAUCUGUUGCAGUCGAAAUUUUAAAAAAAGGAGAUGUAUUAAAAUUAACAAAAGCAUUGAGUAAAUUCACGAAGGAAGACCCAACAUUUUAUGUAAAAACAGAUGAACAAACAAAGGAAAUAAUUUUUGAAGGUAUUGGUGAAUUACAAUUAGAAAUUUACAAAGAGAGAUUAAAAAGAGAAUUUAAUAUUAAUGUCAAUUUAAAAAAUCCAAAAAUUAAUUUUAAAGAAACGAUCACAAAACCAUAUGAAUGUUCAUAUACUUACAAAAAACAGAAAGGGGGUGCAGGAUUAUAUGCACACGUACAUGCGAUUUUUGAAACAGUUUCAGAUAAUUAUAAUGAUACUACACAUUGUAUAUUUGUGAAUGAAGUAAUCGGUAAUGAUUUACCAAAAAAUUUUAUCCUCUCAAUUGAAAAAGCUUUUAAAGAACAAAUUGAAAAGGGUUACCUGAACAGUUCAGAAAUUAUUAAUAUGAAAAUGAGAUUAAUUGGAGGAAAAAUUCAUGAAGUUGAUAGUAAUGAUUUAGCUUUUAAAAAAGCUACAAUAAAUUUAAUCAAAGAAAAUUAUAAUAAUUUUUGCCCUGUACUCUUGGAGCCAAUUAUGCUCGUAGAAAUUAUAUCAAAUUAUGAACAUCAGAGUAAUAUUUUAACAAGCAUAACUAAAAGAAAAGGAUUAGUAACGAACAUUAUUAACAACAUUAAUACUGUUUAUAUAUAUGCAGAUAUUCCUUUAAAACACAUGUUUAAUUAUAUAAAUGAAAUUCGAGCAAUAACACAAGGCCAAGGUACUUACACAAUGGAAUUUGCUAGAUAUGAACAAGUCAGUAAAAAUGAUUUGGAUGAAAUAUUAAAGCUAAAGAACCAAAAAUAA